CUAAUAAUUGAUUUCUGCAGAAUAUGUUUGUCUUCCUCCAGAGGGCGUAUUCUCCCUUGAGCUUAAAGGGCUUGAGCCAUAUUCCUUUGUUUUCCUUUCUUUUUUGCACGACACGUUUGCUUUAUAAAAGUUUUAUUUCCAGAAUCAUUAUUCGACGUAAAAUGUAAUACUAAAAAACAAAUAGCAUGCCAUGUAAUCAUAAACGAUCCUGAUUGGCGCGUCGUGGUCAUCGCUGAGAAAAGUUACAAGAACAGGCCCUCUAAGCCCCGCCCAUUUCUGGACUCCCUGUUUCAUGGUAAUUUCUUUCCUCAUCUCCCUCUAAUAAACCAACUGUCUUUAAGGUCUCGGUCUACGCGGCCCGUAGGUGUACCCUGAAUUCCGCACCGCUUAAACCGAGAUUUAACGAAUCCUACUACGUUAGGGGCUUCAUCUCAUGAAUUUUAAUCGAACGACCGGCUCGGACUUUCAGGAAGCGCCGUGACGUCACCGCGCGCUGAUUAAUAUUCAUGAGCGUCGUCCUGGCCGUAGUAGGAUCCGUAAGAUAUCUCCGCGAAGAUGGCGGUGUGUAGACGUGUGCAGCGACUGCUGCUGCUGAUAUUCAUCUUCGGCUGGUUGUCUUCUGCUCUUGAAGGCAAACCGGACACCGAAAACGGCGUCGAUAAUCCCGAGAGAGGCAGGAACGCGGCGGGAGAUGGGAAAGCGGCGGCGCUGGACGGGGCCUCCACGGUGCGGCGCAGCGGCGGCUGGAAGCUCGCGGAGGAGGCGGCCUGUCGGGAGGACGUGAGCCGGAUCUGCCCCAAACACUCCUGGAACAACAACCUGGCCGUGCUCGAGUGCCUGCAGGACCGAAAAGACGAGACUGAGAUCGCUGCAGACUGCAAUCAUCUGCUGUGGAACUACAAGCUCAAUCUGACGACCGAUCCGAAGUUCGAGUCCGUCGCCGUCGAGGUGUGCAAGACCACCAUCAGCGGGAUUAAGGAGUGCGCCGCUGAGGAACGUGGGAAGGGAUACCUGGUGUCAUGUUUGGUAGAUCACCGCACCAACAUCUCGGAGUACCAGUGCAGCCAGUACAUCACCAAGAUGACCAGCAUCGUCUUCAGCGAUUACCGGCUGAUCUGCGGCUUCAUGGACAAGUGCAAGGACGACAUCAACAAACUGCACUGCGGAAGCGUCAACACCGGAGAGAAGGACGUCCACUCUCAGGGCGAGGUGAUCGCGUGUCUGGAGAAGGGUCUGGUGAACGAAGCCGAGGAGCAGCCGGGUCAGUACGUCAUCAAAGAGGACUGCAAGAAAUCCAUCAUGCGCGUGGCCGAGCUCUCCUCCGACGACUUCCACCUCGACCGCCAUCUCUUCUUCGCCUGUCGGGAGGACCGCGAACACUUCUGCGAAAACACCCCAGCCGGAGAAGGAAAGGUCUACAAAUGUCUCUUCAACCACAAGUUUGAGGAGAGCAUGUCAGACAAGUGCAAGGACGCGCUCUCCACUCGCCAGAAGCUGAUCGCUCAGGACUACAAGGUCAGCUACUCGCUGGCUAAAGCCUGCAAGCCAGACCUGCGCAAAUACCGCUGCAACAUGGACACGGCCAUGCCUCGAGCGCGAGAGGCCAAGCUGUCGUACCUGCUGCUGUGCCUGGAGGCCGCCGUGCACCGAGGUCAGACCGUCAGCGGAGAGUGUCAGGGAGAGAUGCUGGACUACAGGAGGAUGCUGAUGGAGGACUACUCUCUCAGUCCCGAGAUCGUGCUGCACUGCAGAGGGGAGAUCGAUACGCACUGCUCGGGCCUGCACCACAAGGGUCGAACCCUGCACUGCCUCAUGAGGGUGUCCCGGGACAAGGGCAUCUUGGAAGGCCAUUGCCAGAAAGCUCUCCAGACACUGAUACAGGAAACGGACCCCGGGGCGGACUACCGCAUCGACCGCGCUCUGAACGAGGCCUGCGAGUCCGUCAUCCAGACCGCCUGCAAGCACAUCCGAAACGGAGACCCCAUGAUCCUGUCUUGUCUGAUGGAGCAUCUGUACACUGAUAAGAUGGUGGAAGACUGUGAACACAGACUGCUGGAGCUGCAGUACUUCAUCUCCAGAGACUGGAAACUGGAUCCUAUCCUGUACAAGAAGUGCCAGAACGAUGCCGCCCGCAUCUGUCACACACACGGCUGGAACGAGACGAGCGAGUUCAUGCCCCCCGGAGCGGUUUUCUCCUGUCUGUACCGGCACGCUUACCGCACAGAGAUGCAGGGACGACGGGGUUCAUCAGAAAGUUCGGAAGUAAGUUCGGAAGUGAGCUUGAAUCUGUCUCGGGACUGUAAGACGGAGGUUCAGAGGAUCCUCCACCAGAGGGCCCUGGAUGUGAAGCUGGACCCCGAGCUGCAGCAGCGAUGCAUGACGGACCUCGGGAAGUGGUGCAGUGAGAAGACCGAAGCUGGACAGGAGCUGGAGUGCUUGCAGGAUCAUUUAGAUGAUCUGGUGUCUAACUGCAGGGAUGUGGUGGGAAACCUCACGGAAUUGGAGUCUGAGGACAUUCAGAUCGAGGCCUUGUUGAUUCGAGCCUGUGAGCCCGUGAUCCAGUCCUACUGUCACGAGGUGGCCGAUAAUCAGAUAGACACGGGGGACCUGAUGGAGUGCCUCGUUGCCAAUAAGCACCAGAAGGAAAUGAACGAGAAAUGUGCCGUCGGAGUCACGCACUUCCAGCUGAUCCAGAUGAAGGACUUUCGCUUCUCGUACAAGUUCAAGAUGGCGUGCAAGGAGGACGUUCUCAAACUGUGCCCCAACAUCAAAAAGAAGGUGGAUGUGGUCAUCUGUCUGAGCACCACAGUAAGGAAUGACACUUUACAGGAAGGCCGAGAGCAACGAGUUUCCAUGAAAUGUCGUAAACAGCUCCGAGUGGAAGAGCUGGAGAUGUCCGAGGACAUUCGUCUGGAGCCGGAUCUGUACGAGAGCUGUCGGCAGGACAUCAAGCUGCACUGUCAGAACGUCGUGUUUGGAAACGCUCAGGUGAUCGAGUGUCUAAAGGAAAACAAGAAGCGGCUGACCCAGCACUGCCAUCAGAAAGUCUUCAAACUGCAGGAGAAUGAAAUGAUGGACCCAGAACUCGACUUCCAGCUCAUGAGAGUCUGCAAGCAGAUGAUCAGGCGUUUCUGCAGUGACACCGACGCAAAGAACCUCUUGCAGUGUCUCAAACAAAACAAGAACAGCGAGCUAAUGGAUCCGAAAUGCAAACAAAUGAUUACCAAGAGACAGAUCACCCAGAACACAGACUACCGUCUGAACCCUGUGCUAAGGAAGGCUUGCAAAGCCGACAUCCCAAAGUUCUGCCAGAACAUUUUGAACAAUGCUAAAGACGACAACGAGCUGGAGGGGCAGGUCAUCUCCUGCCUCAAACUCAAAUACGCAGACCAGCGUCUCUCUCCAGACUGUGAGGGCCAGAUCAGUGUCAUUCUGCAGGAGUCUGCGCUGGACUACAGACUCGACCCGCAGCUCCAGCUCCAGUGCACAGAUGAGAUCCCUCGGCUCUGUGCGGAGGAAGUAGCGGCACAGGAGCAGACGGGGCAGGUCGAGGAGUGUCUGAAGAUCAACCUGCUGAAGAUCAGCCAUGAAGGCUGUAAAAAGGAGGUUCUCAACAUACUGAAGGAGAGCAAGGCUGAUAUCUUCGUGGAUCCGGUUCUGCACACAGCGUGCGCCUUGGACAUUAAGCACCAGUGUGCUGCCAUCCCUCCCGGCCGAGGAAGACAGAUGUCGUGUCUGAUGGAGGCUCUCCAAGAUAAGCGUGUGAGACUCCAGCCGGAGUGUAAGAAGAGAUUACAGGACCGCAUUGACAUGUGGAGUUACGCCGCUAAGGUUGCGCCAGCGGAAGGUUUCUCGGACCUGGCCGGGCAGGUUUUCACGUCUCCCGCCAAGAACUACAUCCUGAGCAUGCUGGCGAUGUGCGUGGUCCUGCUCUUCCUCAUGGGUCUGCUGUGCGGCCGCAUCACCAAGCGCGUGACGCAGGAGCUGAAGGACAGAAAACAUGGUCACCCAUGGUUUGCGCCCUUAAGCAAGGACAGGAAAGGAUACAUUCAAAUUGACUAACAAAAAUAGACGCUUUUAUUCAGAUCAAAUCACGUGGCUUGUGCUUUAAUGUGCUUUUGCAUGCGUUGAUUUCAGGCCAUGCUAUUGAAUGUAUCUGGCUUUUUUUUUUUUUUUUUUUUUUUUUUUUUAAGAAAAAAAAAGCUCACGCACUAACGACCUUUUAGCUUCAUGCGCUUUCAACGCUUUCCAUAUACCUGCUUAUGGGAGCUUCGGUUCAUGACCGUGAUCUUUGUUUCCUGCAAAGAUGAAGAAACUGGUUUGAGCCAAAUGUUUUCCGUUUUUAUUCGAAGCGAUGAACCAGUACAGCUCUUCCCUCCUCUUCCUAAUUCAGUUCAUUUAUCAGCAGAGAAAUAAGGUCCUUCAUCUACCUUUAAACAGUUUCUUUCGGCAGUUAUUGAUCUAAUUUUAUGCAUUGAAGGAGGUGUAAAAUUGGUAUAUAUUGAUACAAAUUACUUCAACUGUGGUGUUUGUAUAUAUUAGUACCAUAUUUCAUUCACAGGGUCUGACGAGUUUGAAACCAUUGUCUGUUUGGACUCGACGUUAGAAUUAAAUGAAUUGGCGUCCGAUGAUUGAGUCUUGGUUGCCACAUUUAUUUUUUUUAUUAUUUUUUAUAUAUAUAUAUAUUAUAUAGUUUGUGUGGUUGGAUUUCCUAAAAUACCCUAAAAUAAUAAUCAAAAGUCAUAAAAUGUGUACACUUUGUUGUACACGAGUAUCUGACCAAGCAAUUUAUUAUAUAACUUUUCGGAAAAAAAAACACAUUUUGUAUUAAUUUUUCAUACUUUUCAUUGGAUUUGUUGUUUAAAAAAUUUAUUUGCUUGGUCAGAUAGAUAGUCAAGUCAUUUUUUUAAUCUAAACAAGCCAAUCAAACCGAAGCAGACUUAUUUAUUUUUUGGUUAGUUUUUUUAAAAUAUCUGAACGUUUGAUAUUCUACGAGAACACAAACUGUAUCAGUAGUAGUUUGUAUCAAUUAUGGAUUGGCAUUGCUAAGAUGAAAUGUGCUGGGUGCGGGUGUUUUUAAUUUUAUAAUUUUUGAGUUGAACUAGCACUGGAAAAACUCUCUACAUAUGUGUGUGUGUGUGUGUGUCAUCUGCUCACAACCACUGCUUCCUGUCUGUCGAACUGAUAUACGACCUAGAAAUGAUCAAACGAUGAAUUGUUUUUGUAUUUACUUUCUGUGCACAAAUUUAUUAUGAAAAGUAUUUUUCCUGGAAUCCGAUUAAACCGUGUGCUAUACAGAUAUAACUCAAUAACUGCGCUUUUCUUUUGUCGUUUCUCAUGUCUGGUUCUGUACGAGUUGAAUUGGACCGUUGUUAAUAAAAUUGAUCUGAUGGUUUGUA